ACUUUGUUCUAAUGAGGAUGAGUUAAAGAAAUUCUUUGAGGUUCCGAGUUUUUUUGUAUUUACCACUGAAAUGAGUAACAACACCUCUGUUGUUGGUGGUCAAAUUUCAAAGCGAAACAUUAAUGACAAGGUGAUAAUUGUACAGAUUCUGGUGGGUAUUUUUCUUUGCAUUAACUCCAUGCUGAUUGCAACCUUUUUUACUAAGAAAAUCUUCUACACAAACAUGCGCUACAUUUUAUUUGUCACCACACUAUUUUCUGAUUGUGUAUAUUUAAUCAUCUCAAAUUUGUUGCUGAUCUUGACCUAUUUUGCCAUUCCUAUACAAACAUGGCCAUGUCUUUUCUUUUGCCUCCUGUCAUCUCUGUGUAAUUAUGUCACUUCUCUGACUCUGACAGCGAUGAGCCUGGAGCGCUAUGUGGCUAUCUGCAUGCCUCUGCGACAUGCAGAGCUGUGCAGCACAGCCAGAGCCCUGCAGGGCGUCCUCAUCAUUCACAGCCUCAGCUUUAUUCCCUACACUGUGAUUUUUUUUAUGUUGCUUUCUUCAGUCACCUUUAGCUUCUUCACACAACACAUCAUCUGCUCUGUGGAAUCUUUAAUUUUGCACAGGUGGCAGGGUCAUGUUAGGUCUGCGAUCAGUCAGUUUUACUUCCUGAUCAUGUGUAUCCUCAUCGCUUUCUCCUAUGUUCAAAUAAUAAAAGUGGCCAAAGCUGCAUCUGGAAACAACAAAGAGUCGACACGAAAAGGACUCAGAACUGUGAUCCUCCAUGCUUUCCAGCUGUUUCUCUAUCUCAUCCACCUGUGGACCCCUUUCAUUGAAGCUGCUAUUCUUGAGAUUAAUGUCAAUGUAUUUAUAAGUGUCAAAUACAUUAACUAUAUUCUGUUUAUUCUUGCUCCUCGAUGCCUGAGUCCUCUUAUCUACGGCCUCAGAGAUGAAGCGUUUCUGCUUGAGCUGAAACACUGGCUGUUCAGCUGCCCAUUCAAGGCCAACAUGUUAAAACUGUAAUCCUGGAAAGGCAAAUUUUUGUCUAGAAAUAUCUUUUAAAGCUGUGUAAUAUGCAAUGAUGUCAAAAA